AUGACUCCUUUACUACCAAAAGGCCUUCUCAUGGUGGGCGCGGGCGGCAUCGGCAGCGAGGUGGCGCACAUCCUCAUACAGACAUACACAGGCCGCCUUGUAAUAGUGGACAUGGAUGUGAUAGAAGUGUCCAAUCUCAACAGACAGGCAUUCUUUGCAGAGCACCACGUAAAUAGGCACAAGGCAGAGGUGCUUGCAGAGGCCAUCACAAAGCAGUCCUCAGGGCGCAUUGCAGCUGCAUACCACACUGCCUCCAUAGCAGAGAGCCGCUUCACUGCUGAUUUUUUCAGCGAGUUCGACUGCGUUUUAAGCUGUGUGGAUAAUAUCGAGGCCAGAGAACACAUAAACACAAUGGCCGUUAUAUCCAAUACCCCCGUGAUAGAAAGCGGCUCAAGCGGAUACAAUGGACAGGUGUACAUCACCCUCCCCCAGGUGACAGAGUGCUAUGCCUGCACAGAGGCGCAGCCAGUAAAGACAUUUCCUAUAUGCACGCUGCGAGGAGUGCCUACAGAGUGGCACCACUGCAUACACUGGGCGAAGUACGACUUUAUCCCACGGGUAAAAGAAGCACUCAGAGAAAACAGCAGUGCUCCAAUGGAAGAAAAGCAUGAAAUAAUAAAAAUAGCCAUGCUCCAAUACAGCAUAGAAAUAGACACAGAGACUAUACAAGAGAUAAUACACACAGAAGAAGAGAGCAUAGACACACUGCACAAAGUAUCAGCCAUCCGAGCAGAGAUGUACAAGAUAAAAGUGCCCCCAAUCGAAGAAACAAGAGAAAUAGUCAAGAAAACAAUACCCUCCGUAAUCACCACAAACACAAUAGUAGCAGCGGUGAUAGUCCUGCAGCUAAAACUGCUUGCACACAAAAAGGUGCACAACGUAUACUAUGUAUCCAGCCAGCACCCAAUAACAAAGGUACAAGCAGCAAAGCCCAGCCCCUUGUGCCCUCUGUGCUCACUCAGCAGACACAUUCUAAGGGCGAAGAACACAGACACGCUCAGAGACCUUCUGGAAGCUGCAAAUAUAAAAAUAGAAAGAGAGACCGUAAUACUAAAGAACUCUUCACUCCUCUACGAUGAAGAGUAUGCAGACCUACUGGAUACACCAUUAAAAGAGCUAGAUGUAAAAACAGGAGCACUUCUUAAGGUCUCCUCAAAAGACGAGAAGCACCUGCUGUAUGUAAUCACAAGGGAGUAA